AUGAAGUUUGGAAGAACUCUACCUCGAAACCAAGUCCCCGAGUGGGCAUCUUCAUAUAUUGACUACAAGGGCUUGAAGAAGCUCAUCAAGGCAGCGGCAGAGUCCAGCGCAAAAUUAGGCAAGAAGGCCGAUCUAGCAGAGUUCUUCUAUGCAUUAGACCGUAAUCUUGAGGACGUUGACUCCUUUUACAACAAGAAAUUUUCCGAGGCACACCGACGACUCAAACUCCUCCAGGAUCGCUAUGGCCGGAGUCCAGACGUCAUCCCCGACCUCGAUGAUGAUGAGGUAGAGGAGCUCAUGGGAGCUCUCCUUGAGCUCCGCAACCAGUUGAGGAAUCUUCAAUGGUUUGGCGAGAUCAACCGCCGGGGAUUCGUCAAAAUCACCAAGAAGCUUGAUAAAAAGAUUCCGGAUACCACUAUCCAGCACAGAUAUAUUACCACAAAGGUAGAUCCCAGACCUUUUGCCAAGGAUACCACCAUUGCUCGGCUGGUCACAGAAAUCAAUAAGUGGCUCUCGGUAUUGGGUGACUCACAAAACCUGGAUGAUUCCAAGUCUGAUCGAUCCGCAAGGUCCGUUCGUUCUCUGGGAAGAGCAUCUGCGAAGGCAAUGCUCAGUGUGCCACAAGCAGCAUAUGAUGCGCUUGAGCAGGCUAUCAGAAAUGACGACGUGGAAGGUCUCAAGGCAGCAUUGCACGAAGCUAACCUGGUCUCUGAGGAUCCGGCUGCCCAUGCCAUGCUCCUGAACUGUCUCCAGAGGUCCAUUUCUUCACGGUCCAAGUCCUGCAUCGCCCUCUUGUUGCAGCAAAUCAAGUCUCUGGACGAAGUAGAUGACCUCAACGAACGCAACUGCAUCCACCGUCUGGUUAUCCACAUUGGCCGCACCAAGUCGGCGACCGAGGGUGACCUGGAGCCCAAUGCUGCUCCUUUCCCUGUCAGCUCGCAUUAUACGAGUCACUACAUUCCUCCCAAUCCGUUACCCCAGAAUGGUGCUACAAAACUUCUCGGCAAGGACGACAAGGCUGUAGAUGUCUUGUUUUUCUUGCUUGAUAAUCUCAAACCAGAGCAACGUGUGGCUUUGUCCAAGAGAGACUCUCUUGGCCGUCUCCCAUUACACUAUGCUGCUCAGUUUGGUUUUGUUGUCGUGUGCGAGAUUAUCAUGGCCAAGAUGCAGGAAUGGGACCAAUUCCAUGUCGGUAGUGGAAUUGACGGUAGCGAAUGGCAAGACAAAGAGGGCAAUGCGCCGCUUCAUCUUGCUGUCAUCGGUGGACACCCCCUAACAACCAAAGCCCUACUCCGCGGAGAAGAUUGGCGAGGAGAAGCUGGUGCCAUUGUCAAGCACAGAGGCCCCGUCUCUCAGUCGGGUGUCGUCUUGGCGAUUGCCACCAAGUCCAACUUUGCAGCCAUUGUUCAGAUGCUCGUCGAUGCCGGAAUCAAUAUCAACUGGCAGGACGAAACCGGCGAGACAGCUCUGCAUAUUGCUGCCCGUUUCGGACACCUGGAAUGCGCAAAGAUCCUGCUUGGGGGCAGUGCAAGCCAGACUGUGAAUCUUGAAUUGACCGAGAAAUCGUUUGCAUGGACUCCGCUGCACAUUGCUGCCGUAGAUGGACAUCUUGAAGUUGCGCAGCUCCUUCUUGAAAAGGGUGCUGAGGCUGGAAAGAUGGAUUCCUUUGGCUGGACUGCCAAGGAGCAUGCAGCCCUCCGAGGCCAUAUGGACAUUGCGAGACUUCUGUUUACCUACACAAAGGAGGAGGACUUCCAGCCAGAGGAUGAGGAAGAAGAGCCUGGACGUAGCCCUUCGCCAACUGAGAUCUCGUCUCUCGAAGACAGGCGAUCCAAUGGAAGUACCCGUAUUGCCGACCCCAUCAAGUCCUUUGGGCACCGUUAUCUGAAGGAUACCAGUCUCGUCAUGGUCAGCUUAGGAUCCAUGGACAUGCGAAAGAAUACCGAAGCAGUCAAGCUAGAUCGUGUUCCCUUGGCCGAGGCCCACACGAAUCAGCUCGACACGGCGCUCUCAGUAGUUGUCUCGGCUUCUGGUGCUCAGGGUGAGCCAAGCAUUGUCGAUCUUCCAGUUCAUGAGAACAUUUCAACGGAACCCAUCCUGUUUCACACCACAGAUAUCUCAAAAGUGAAGCUCAUGUUCGAUAUCGUCCCAACCUACUCUGGAAACGAGAAAAACAAGGUUGGCCGAGCUGUGGCUUUGCUUUCUUCAGUCAGGCCGACACUUGGAACGAACCGCAUGAACCUUCAGGGCGAUGUUUGCGUUCCGAUUAUGGCAUCGAAUCUCGAGGUGAUUGGAACUGUCAAUUUCAAUUUCCUGGUCAUUACCCCAUUUUCUCAUCCACGCAUGGAGAUCAACUCUCAACAGACAUAUUGGAAGAAAAUGUCGUCUACCAUGGUUAUUGGCCACCGCGGGCUGGGCAAGAAUCUUGUUACGAACAAGUCGCUCCAGCUUGGCGAGAACACAGUGCCCUCCUUCAUUGCCGCUGCAAAUUUGGGUGCCAACUAUGUCGAGUUUGAUGUGCAACUCACCAAGGACCAUGUGCCGGUGAUUUACCACGACUUCCUUGUCAGCGAGACAGGCAUUGAUGCUCCUGUGCAUACCCUGACUCUGGAACAAUUCCUUCACAUCAACCCGGAACGCAGCGACAUGACUCCUGAAAUGGUCAGGCGAGACAUCAACGAGACUCGCAACAACCAGCCUGGACCCCGUAUCAGGUCUCAGAGCAUGGGCUUUGCUGGGGACGGUAGCACUGAUCUUGAUGAGCGCAUGAAGCAUACACGUGAUUACAAAGCCAAGGGUUUCAAGGCCAACUCUCGCGGCAACUUUAUUCAAGCGCCGUUUGCUACUCUGGAGGAUCUUUUCAAGAACCUUCGGGAGGACAUUGGAUUUAACAUUGAGCUCAAGUAUCCCAUGUUGCACGAGAGCGAAGAGCAGCAGAUGGACACGUACACGGUCGAGAUCAACUCUUUCUGUGAUACGGUACUCACCAAGGUGUAUGAUCUGGCCAAGAACCGCAACCUCAUUUUCAGCAGUUUCAACCCGGAUAUUUGCCUCUGUCUCAGUUUCAAGCAGCCAAGUAUCCCCAUCAUGUUUCUGACGGACGCCGGCUGUGCUCCAGUUGGUGACAUUCGGGCGAGCAGUCUGCAGGAGGCAAUUCGAUUUGCAAGCCGCUGGAACUUGCUUGGUAUUGUGAGCACAUCUCAGCCCUUUGUCAACAGCCCCAGACUCGUCAAGGUGGUGAAGCAAAGUGGCUUGGUUUGCGUCAGCUAUGGCGCCCAGAACAACGACCCACUGCUGGUUCAGCGCCAAGUGCAAACGGGAAUAGAUGCGGUGAUUGUAGAUAAUGUGUUGGCCAUCCGUAAAGGGCUGACUAACGAUGAGGAGAAGAGGCUGCAGAAGAAGGCAGAAAAGGCUGUUCUGACUGCCGGCACUGCCCAUAUAACUGAGCCUCGUGUUCAAAACGGUGCGCAAAAUGGCGACACGAAUGGAAAGUCAGGAUAG